GUCUGGACUGAAUCUACCACGGUCACAAUGGGCAAGGUUAUUUUCUACGAAGAGAAGAACUUUCAGGGUCGUCACUAUGAGUGCAACAGUGACUGCCCCGAGAUGCAGAGACACUUCACCCGCUGUAACUCCAUAAAAGUGGACAGCGGCUGCUGGGUGGCCUACGAGAAGCCCAACUACGGGGGCUACCAGUACAUGCUGCACAAGGGCGAGUACCCCGACCACCAGCGCUGGGCCGGCUUCAACGACUGCAUCCGCUCCUGCCGCAUGGUGCCACCUUACAACGGCAACUACCGGAUGAAGAUCUUCGCGCGGUCCGACUUCGCGGGCCAGAACCUGGAGCUGAUGGACGACUGCCCGGAUCUGAACGAGCGCUUCCACACCCGCGACAUCUCCUCCGUCAACGUGAUGGAGGGCUACUGGAUCCUGCACGAGCACCCCAACUACAGAGGACGCCAGUACUUCUUGCGUCCGGGAGAGUACAGGAGGCACGUCGAGUGGGGAAGCAACAGCCCCACCAUCGGCUCUCUGAAACGUGUCACCGAGCUCAACUGA